AUGUCAGGUGGACGGGGGAUAUCAGCACUUAAGACCGAAUUAGAAGCACUUAUUUGGGCCAUGCAGUGUAUGGUACGGCACAACAAACUAAUGACACCAUUUGAGACGGACUGUUCUGAUUUAGUGAAGAUGGUUACUACACCAGAGGAGUGCCCGCUUUUGCCAUCCUACUUGAAGAGAUCGCCAGAUGCAAGACGAGGUUCACCUCAUUUUCCAUCAUCCAUAUACCCAGGGCAAACAACACGAAGGCAGAUAAGUGUUCGAGCUUUACCUACUGAUGUGUAUUAUGUAAACUCUGUCUCACCAACUUGGAUUCCCGAGUUGUUUUAG